UGGAUCUCGAAAUGAGUGGAAGUUGAACCACACUCCCAUCGGUCUUCUGAUGUUGAACCGGUGCUAGGACCCACCUUUUCAAUGCCUGAGGCCUGAUUGGCCGUCUCAGGCAUCGACCCGGUUCUUGCCCGUCACCACCUGAUUCUCGGUGCAGAAACGACCAUUCAAUUGCUCUCCAAGCAACAACACCAAUCGCACGCCGCUGCCCACUCUAACCCAUCACCCGAACCGACUCCCUGUCAAUUGAACUCGCACGCAGUCAAAAUGGCCGACGAUCAGGAACUCGUUACCAAGCCCUUCAAGUUCGUCACUGCCGGCACCGAUGCCCGCUACCCGAACAUGAACCAGACCAAGCACUGCUGGCAGAACUACGUUGACUACCACAAGUGCAUCAAUGCUAAGGGCGAGGACUUCGCCCCUUGCCGCCAGUUCUGGCUCGGUUACCGCUCCCUGUGCCCCUCCGGCUGGUACACCCGCUGGGACGAGCAGCGAGAGGCUGGCAACUUCCCCGUCAAGCUCGACGAAUAAGCGAUGUUAGACUAGGUUGCGAGCAGAUGAGGCAGAGGAGUCGGGCGUCUGUAUUACUUCAAGAUGGAUCGAGACCUCAAAUAGAGCAUCGGAGAGUGUCGUGCGAUGAAGCCAAGGGCGCUCGCGGGCGCCGAAU